AUGGCCGAGGCCACUUUUUCGGUCACUAAUACGGCCCCAAUUGGGAGGCCUCCGGCUAAGGGCUUAGCUAGAGUCAUCAUGUCAGGGUACACAUGGAAGGCUUCGUGGGCCCAAAGAGACAAUUGCAACUGCUACAAUGGAGAUUUUGGGGCAUUCACAGCAUUAAGAAUUACAAAAACCAUCGAGACACCCAGCAUCGUCACACGCAGCACGCACGGACUCCAAGAAUUCCUUGGUUGCACUGUAAAUGCCGCCUUCCCCUUGAAUUGGCUCCACAAACACAGCUGCAAUCUUCCCACUCUGAAUAAGCUCUACUGUCGCCUUAGUGUCUCCAUAGUCCAAGAAAGUGACUCCAGGCAUUAUGGGCUCGAAAGGCUUCCUGUAAUGCUCUUUGCUUGUCAGCGCUAG